AAGGAAAACCUAAAAAAGAAAAAAAAAGCGAGAUUUUUGAAAGGCAUUAUUGCGCAGGGUUUUGCUUCUGAUGGACAUCUUGGCUUGCAGAUCCGAAGAGAACAGUUACAAUAUCCUCCCCUCUGCGGCAACGAUGCUUUUCCAUGGCCUCCCUGGAGGCGACGUGCACGGUGUGGUGGAAGAAAUGGACCGGAGAGGAAAGAGCGAGUCAGCAGCCAUCAGCUCAGCCAUCGAUAUGGGGGAAUCAGAAACGUCCAUGCCGUGUAUGACCAGCGAGCGCGUCGCUCUGUGCGCCGGCUGCGGCAGGAAGAUCGCGGACCGCUACUACCUGCUGGCCGUGGAUAAACAGUGGCACAUGCGCUGCCUCAAGUGCUGCGAGUGUAAACUCAACCUGGAGUCUGAGCUCACCUGCUUCAGCAAGGACGGAAGCAUCUACUGCAAAGAGGACUACUACAGAAGAUUUUCAGUGCAGAGAUGCGCUCGGUGCCACCUGGGGAUCUCAGCCUCGGAAAUGGUCAUGCGGGCCCGAGACCUAGUCUACCACCUCAACUGUUUCACCUGCACCACCUGCAGCAAGAUGCUCACCACCGGGGACCACUUUGGCAUGAAGGACAGUCUGGUGUACUGUCGGCUGCACUUUGAGACUCUCAUCCAGGGAGAAUAUCAGACACAUUUUAACCACGGGGACGUUGUCCCGCACAAAGGCCUGGGCCCGGCCAACACGCUCGGACUAUCCUACUUCAACGGCGUGGGGACAGUGCAGAAAGGCCGGCCGAGGAAGAGGAAAAGCCCCGGGCCAGGAGCCGAGCUGGCUGCUUACAACGCAGCGCUGAGCUGUAAUGAAAAUGACGGCGAGCCCAUGGACCGGGACUCCCAGUACAGCUCCAAUCAGAAAACCAAGCGCAUGCGAACAUCAUUCAAGCACCACCAGCUUAGGACCAUGAAGUCCUACUUUGCCAUCAACCACAACCCAGACGCCAAGGACCUCAAGCAGCUCGCCCAGAAAACCGGUCUCACCAAGCGAGUCUUACAGGUUUGGUUCCAAAACGCUCGGGCCAAGUUUAGGAGGAACCUGCUGCGGCAGGAGAGCACAGGGGUGGACAAGGCAUCCGAUGGCUCCACGCUGCAGGGUGGGACGCCAUCGGGUCCCGCCUCAGAGAUCUCCAAUGCCUCCAUGAGCCCCUCCAGCACCCCCACCACCCUGACAGACUUGACCAACCCCACCAUGCCCACCGUCACCUCCGUGCUCACCUCAGUGCCAGGCGGCAUGGAUGUCCACGAAUGCCGGAGCCCAUCACAGACCACGCUCACUAGCCUCUUCUGAUGGAUGACCACAACACCCCUCCCCCUCCCCCCCUCCAUCGUCACAUACCCUACACCCUGCUGGAUCUAAAACUGAGCACUGUUGAUUCCUUCGAACAUUUAACGGAUUAGUAAAGAGAAGGUAAUGGAAACUUAAAAAAAAAAGAUUUCAUUUUGCCCUGAGCCCAUUAGAGACUAUUUGCAUAGUAAGGCAGCUGAGCCUUACAGAUGGAACAGUUGUUGUUAUUUUGAUGUUGUUGUCUUGUUGAGAACUGAGGAGACUUGAUUUGCAUUUCUCAAUGUUUACAGAAAGAGACUGAGGGGAAAAAACUGCUUAAUUUUUGGAAAUUCUUUUUUUUUUUUCCAGCACAGUAUUUAUGUUGUUGUACAAGAGUCACUGUUAGAAGGAUUGUAAAAAUUUUUGAAAAUCUGAGAUUAAACAGGUUACAAUA